UUAUCUUCAUUUUCUGCAUUUUUCAUCAGAUUAGAUAUGUUAUUGUUUGUAAAAACCAAAUUUCGCAUAAUUCAUAAUUCAUAGCAAUUGAUCUUCUCCUUCACAAUUCUCAAUAUUAACUUUCGUUUACUCUCCAGUCCCAGACAAUUGGAAAAGAUUCAGUCAUGGAAUACGUUACAUUGGCCGUUCUAAUCCUCUAUCUCAUCUCUUAUUCCCCUAAGAAACACUCCACCCGCAACCACCACCGCCGCCUCAAGCUCCGCUAUUCCUCCGCCCAUCACGAUCCCGUUGCUUUCGAUCCCCUCGUCGCCGAGAUCGAGCGCCGCCGUGAAGACAACCAAUGGGAGAAGCAGUACUUGGAGCAUUCCAAUCCAGAGUUCUUGCAGCACCCCGCUCCCGCUGAAGAAUCGCAGCCCGAGUUGGAUGAUUUCUUGAAUGCCGAAGAUUACUUGAAUGAUGGGGACAAGUUUAACGUAACUAAUAGGUUGGUAUUGCUGUUCCCCAAGAUUGAUGUAGACCCAUCAGAUGGUUUUGUGACUGAGAAUGAAUUGAUUGAGUGGCAUCUGCAGCAGGCUACGAAGGAAGUGUUGUUCAGGAGUUUGAGGGAGAUGGAAGUUCAUGACAGAAACAAAGAUGGGUUAAUUUCAUAUGCCGAGUAUGAGGCUCCCAGUUGGGUGAAGAAUGACAACCCAUCUUUUGGCCACAAUAUGGGCUGGUGGACAGAGGAUCAUUUUAAUGCCUCAGAUGCUGAUGGUGAUCGUUUAUUAAAGUUAACCGAGUUCAAUGAUUUUAUGCACCCGGCUGACAGCAAAAACCCAAAGCUGCUUCGAUGGUUAUGCCAGGAGGAAGUAAGGGAAAGAGAUGAAGACAAAGAUGGGAAGGUUAACUUCAAUGAAUUUUUUCAUGGUAUUUUUGACUUUGUAAUAAGCCAUGAUGAAGAAGGUCAUGAUUCAAUGGAGACAGAGACCCCAGCUAAACGGUUGUUUAGCCAGCUUGAUAAAGAUGGUGACAGAUUCUUGACAGAUGAAGAGCUACUACCAAUCAUUGGGAAACUUCAUCCAUCUGAACGGUACUAUGCAAAACUACAAGCAGAUUACAUCAUAUCACAGGCAGAUUUGGAUAAAGAUGGCCGCUUAAGCUUAGUCGAGAUGAUUGACAAUCCAUAUGUAUUUUAUAGUGCCAUCUUCAAUGAUAGUGAAGAUAACUAUAGGCACCUAAAUGCUCUGAUUUCUCGAUAGGAUACAAAGGAAGCAAUAGAACUCUAGUACUUUUUUCUAGUAAUAGUAUUCAAUCAAGAUCAUGGUAAUCAAUGUUGAUAUCCAUGGUGAGUUCUUGUACUCUAAUUGUUUGUUUCCGAGUUCCAACCUUUUUUUCGGGUUUUAUUCCCUACAUCAGCUACUUCAGAUUACUAUCAUUUGUUCAUCGCAGAUACAGUUGUUGGUCCUUAGAAUAUUUCAUAUUUCUAGCAUGCAUCUAUUAUUACUGUAGGCAGCCGUGUAUGUCAAGUUUCCAGUGAAAACUGUCAGAAUCUGGUCUGGAAUUCUCAGAAUGGGCAGAUUCAAAGUUGUAAAUAAUUCCAUUCCAUUG